AUGGAGGAUCUGUGUUCGAGUGGGAGACAUGUUUCUCUGGUGCUGAGCCUGACGGCUGUGGUCAUGGGCGUGGCUGUGGGCGUGGCUGUGGGCGUGGCUGUGGGCGUGGCUGUGGGCGGAGCGGGGAGACAGCCUGCUCUUUCUCGGCAUCCUAGACACGUUGCUGCUUCACCCAACCCGUCCCACACGCAGGUGGGGUUCCUUGGCCACAAUGAGAUACGCGCAACGUUUCGGGCAGAACACUCAUUACUAUUACUGCACGACCACACUCACGGGCUCCCGCAAGUUACUCAUCACACACUAACGACGCCCUUGAGUAACUCCCGAGUGUCUCUCCAGGAGGGCGGAGGCUACAACUUCCAGUACGGGGUGACGGACGACUUCGCUGGCGCCCACUUCGGCCAGGACGAGACCUCCGACGGACACCUCAUCAAGGGCUCCUACUACGUCGUCCUCCCCGACGGACGACUUCAAACCGUAACUUACCAGGCCGACCACACUAUGGGCUUCGUGGCGGAUGUGGAGUUUGAUGGGGAGGCGCUGCACCCAGUGUCCCCGAGCAGCGACCCCCGGCCCUUCACCAUCAAGCCCAGCACCCGACCACUGCAAGGCUCUCUCCACCUCCUCCCACUACCUGAACACCCUCCGGCACACUACUAGGACCCUCCCCAACUGUUCCGGCUCCCCUCAUUGACUAGCAGGACCCUCCCCUCCAUCUGUUGUUGUUGUUUAAGAUUCAGCUACCAGGAACAAAA